UUCGAUUUCCCCUUCCAGCAUUUCCUUUCUCCUAAAAAAUCCCAGUCCAGAUCUGUUGGAACUGCACUCAAAUUCCCGUCAAGAAAUCUCAUAAAAAUGUUUCUCUUGGAUUGGUUUUACGGCGUCUUGGCCUCACUUGGCUUGUGGCAAAAAGAGGCCAAGAUCUUGUUUCUUGGCCUCGAUAAUGCCGGUAAAACUACCCUCCUUCACAUGCUCAAAGACGAGAGAUUAGUGCAGCAUCAGCCGACGCAAUAUCCGACAUCAGAAGAGCUGAGUAUUGGGAAAAUUAAGUUCAAAGCCUUUGAUUUGGGAGGUCAUCAGAUCGCCCGUAGAGUCUGGAAGGAUUACUAUGCCAAGGUUGAUGCUGUAGUGUAUCUGGUGGAUGCAUAUGACAAGGAGCGUUUCGCAGAAUCAAAGAAGGAAUUGGAUGCGCUCCUUUCUGAUGAAGCUCUUGCCAAUGUUCCCUUCCUCAUUUUGGGGAACAAGAUUGAUAUACCGUAUGCUGCCUCAGAAGAUGAGUUGCGCUACCACCUUGGCCUGACUGGUGUAACCACUGGCAAAGGGAAGGUGAAUCUUGCAGAUUCUAAUGUGCGCCCAUUGGAAGUAUUUAUGUGCAGCAUUGUACGUAAAAUGGGGUAUGGUGACGGCUUCAAAUGGGUGUCUCAAUAUAUUAAGUAAGACGUUCGUCAGAAAAAUGUUCGAUUAAUUUACACCAAUCCCUCGUCUCUUGACAAAGGAUAUGAAAAAGGCAAGGAAAGAAGAAAAUUCAUUCUUUUCACUGUGAUUUACUCUGUUAUCUUCAAUCGCAGUCGUGUCCUUAUUUGAAUUGUCUGUUCUACUAUGAAUUUUGUUAGAGCCCGAAAACUGGAUAUUUUCUCUAGUAUUCACUGUUUGUAAAAUAUUAUGAGAAAUGGGGUUAAGAAUUGAAAAUAAUGUUUGUCUUUUCAUUUCGGAUUUGUCUGUGUAAGGUUUUGCAGAGGUGGUGGUGUUAAUUUGCUUGUCUUGCAGAAUAAAACUGUUCUUUCUUUC